UUAUAAAGCAUUUUACGUUUUAUUCCUAAAUCCAUGCUACAGAACUUAAAUAUUCAUAUUUAAAUGUCAUCUUUGCCUUAAACCACAUACAUACAUUAAAACCUUUCCUCCCACAAUUUUAAAUAGGUUUUCACGGAGGCUCCACUGUUCGUAAAUUGGAAUGCUCGCAUGUGAAUGUCUCUUAAUGAAUCAAGUCCAUGAAUAAAGCCGCAAGUGGGUCUUUUUUCGACUUUUGCUGUGGCAUAGCAAAAUGCGGUGGACCGGAAGAAAGUGGGCGUGGCAGAAGUCGGUUGGUGCUAAUGGGGAAACGCACACACGCACAGAUAUACAAACAAUCGUUCGCUGAGUUUUUCUUGAGCUCUUUCUUUGGCCAGAUGUGCAGUUAAUCCUUUGGCGGGCAACUUUAUCUUUCGGCGCGGAUUCUCAGAAGCAGCUGUUGUUCUUCUUCCCCUUCACUGACGUUCAUUCUGAAAGCGCUGUUUAUUCGCAGCUCUUCUUAUUCGUUUUCUAUGUCCCGCCAGUUUUUCGCUAUUGCAGCCGUCGAGGGGUUUGGCUUAAGCGCCAGUUGCCGGCGCGUGCCGCUGAAAUAAUUAAGUUGCCAGUCUCGGCAGCGAUCCAGAGACAGUUAAGAUAGAUAUAUAGUUGGUAAUGAAAAAGGGUUGCAGGCUUGCACUUAGAUUCAAAGCUUUUCAAUUAGACAGCAAUUGUCAGGAUCAGCAGCAGGCGUUGUUUUUACUGUGCUCGAUUUUUAAAAUAAUUUAAAACGCCGUUUGGAAAAUUGGUUUGGAAAAAGGCACCCAUCGCUUGCAAAAUGGACGCGCAUUCCACAGCCGUCGCCAUAAUAGAUAUGGAACUGGAUUUCGGCGAGGAUAUGGAUGAGCACGGAGUAUUGGAGAAGGUGGGUCAGCCUGAGUAUUUGAUUGCGAUGGUUCGGCGCCUGCAGGCGAACCAUGUGUGGAUCCGGGAGCAGCUGACCUACCUACAGCGCCGCCUGGUGACUCUUCGGUUGGUCAGGCAAAGAAGCCUCUACGAGGGAAAGGAGCGGUUGCAGCGACUCCUGCUGAAUUUGCAGGUGAAAUACGAACGCCACUGGGCACUGUAGGGGAAUCGAAGGAUAGUGGAGCUCGGAAUUCGGGUGCCAACACUUGUGGAUGAUGUGAAGAACGUUCUACAGUACAAAGGAACUUUAAUGGCAAAAGAAUCAAAAUAAUGUCGUAAUGAACUCAAAUUGGGUUGUGUUAACACAUCUUAAGUAGUGCUGAAGAAUUUAUGGAUGAAUAUAGUAGAAGGAUGAAUAUAGUAGUACGACGCAAAUGUUAUUAGGUUUUUAAAAGGUUCAUUAUAAAACCAUAUUAAAUUUUAAAUCUUUAGUUAAACGUAAGACCUUUCAACGAA